GAAAAGGGGCACCAAGGGUAGUGCAGAGGAAAGCACCGGAAGAGGAGGUGGAAACAAUGGAGGAGUGUGAGGAAGUCAUUGCAGUGGAGUCAGGAGCCAACGCUUGCAGAUCUGUCAAGUUUGUUUCGAGCGCAUAUGGCCCAAAUGGAUGCUCGGGAGGCUAAGAGAGCUCAGGAGCAAAAGGAACAAGAAAGACGAUUUAAAGCUCUACAGCAUCAGUUUGGCAUGCUUCAAAUGGAGGUUCAAGCUCGUACCACCCCCACUCCUGAAUCACUUUCUGUGAAUCCAUGUCCUGGAGAAAUGCAGGACGGUGAGCAUGAUUCUAGUCAACCACUGUCACAGUCCAAAGGAAGUGAAAGAGGGUUUCAUCAAAUGGACUAUAAAGGUCAGUUUUUUUCUAAAGAAGCUAAGUUAGAAAAAUUAAGUGACUCUGAUGACGUAGAACAUUUUUUGAUAACUUUUGAAAGAAUUGCUGCUGCUUGUGGGUGGCCUAGUUCUGAUUGGGCUUUCCGUUUGAUCCCUCUGCUGACUGGUAAAGCUCGAGCAGCAUAUGUACAAAUGGACAUUAAAGAUUCUCUUGAUUAUGAUCGCAUAAAAUCAGCUAUUUUGAGAAAGUAUGAUAUUAAUACAGAGACUUAUCGACAAAGAUUUCGUCUCUUGGAAAUUGCACCAUCAGAGAGUCCUAAAGAGCUGUAUGCAAGACUGAAGGAACUAUAUGUGAAAUGGAUUCGUCCUGAAGGUAAAACUGUUGAGGAAAUUGGAGAACUGAUUAUUCUUGAACAGUAUCUCAGAAUGCUUUCCCCAGAACUACAGGUUUGGAUUCGUGAGCGGGGCCCCGAAUCAGCUGCUGAAGCUGCAUCAUUAGCCGACGUGUUCGUGGCUGCCAGAGGAAGGAAUCAGUCUUGGAGUUGGCGGGGUGGCAAAGAGCUGCGCAAACCUAAUGUUUAUCACCAGUCUCAGUACAGCACCUCUGGAAAAUUUGACUCGGUGAUGUCUAAACCUUCCAGGAAGUUACCAAUUUGUUAUUUGUGGCCAGGAAGGCCAUACUAAGCCUGUGUGCCCAAAGUAUGGUG